UAAAGUGCAAAAACCAAGUUCAUCGUGCUCGCAUCGUCCAGUCAGGCCUCCGUAGUGGUGCCGUGGCGGCUGCCGCCCGCCUCCAAUCUCAGCCUCCGUAGAGAAAGAGGGAGGAAGAGACCUGGACAGCGCUGCGGCGUCGAAGGGGACACGAUGCAGUGGUACUUAGUGGCCGCGCUCCUCACCGUCCUCACCAGCUCCCAGGGUAUAUUGACUACUCUCUCCCAGAGCAAUGGCAAGUAUAAGUAUGACUAUGCAACCAUUCCCUUCCUAGCAGAACUCUUCAAGUUGUCUGUAUCAAGUUUCUUCCUUUGGAACGAAUGCAAGUCUUCAUCCCCACCAAGGAUGACAAAGGAGUGGAGGAGUGUGCGGCUAUAUCUUGUUCCUUCAAUAAUAUACCUCGUCCAUAACAAUGUGCAGUUCGCAACCUUGACCUAUGUUGAUCCAUCUACCUAUCAGAUAAUGGGGAACUUGAAAAUUGUCACAACCGGAAUUUUGUUCAGGCUUGUCCUAAAAAGGAAGUUAUCAAAUCUACAAUGGAUGGCGAUUGUUUUGCUUGCUGUUGGUACAACUACUAGCCAGGUCAAAGGAUGUGGAGAUGGACCAUGUGAUUUGCUUUUCUCAGCACCAUUACAGGGUUACAUGCUUGGUAUACUUUCUGCUUGUCUUUCAGCACUAGCUGGUGUCUACACAGAAUACUUGAUGAAGAAGAACAAUGAUAGUUUGUACUGGCAAAAUGUACAGUUAUAUACGUUUGGAGUUAUAUUCAACAUGGGGUGGCUAAUUUAUGGCGAUUUCAAAGCUGGAUUUGAGUUGGGUCCAUGGUGGCAGCGCCUAUUUAAUGGCUAUUCUGUCACAACAUGGAUGGUUGUGUUUAAUUUAGGGUCCACUGGUCUACUAGUAUCAUGGUUGAUGAAGUAUUCAGACAAUAUAGUCAAGGUGUACUCAACUUCAAUGGCCAUGCUAUCAACGAUGGUUUUAUCCAUAUACCUUUUCAGUGUGAAAGCAACAAUUCAGCUUUUCUUAGGCAUUAUCAUCUGCAUAAUUUCGCUGCAGAUGUAUUUUAUGCCUACCCACAUGCUUGUUGAAUUGCCACAAACAUUACCUGUUACAUCAAAGUAGGCUUAUGGCACUUUAGCUAACCUGAUCGGAGUGUAGAACACUGUUUAUCUGGGGGCAAGAAUCUGUUUGAUUGACCUGUUUGGGCAAAUUUGUGGCUGGAAUCUCAACUGAUGUGGUUAGUUUCACGAUGCAGAAAAGGUGAAUUAACAGUGAAGUGAGCUUGUUAUACCAAUGUAUAAAAACUUUAACUCCUACAAGCUCUCCUACUGUUUUUCAGGUAAAAGAUGGGAGGCUGAUUGGUAUUGUUUUGUCUUAGGGAAAAGGGAAUGAAAGCAAACUUUUUGAGUUUUUUCAAAUAGUGCAAAACUGUCCAUUACUUAUAUCCAAAAGUGACAGUAUUGAUAGAGUAGGAGUAGAGACGAAACUGGCAAGUACAACGAGUUAUGUCAUCUUGCAAAGUGUGUUAAUUCUCUCCACAUUACACCGAUUAUUUUUUCCCUUACAUUUUAUUUUCAUGUAGGUUUCUGUUCAGGAAAUAUUCAAAAUGAACAUGAUCGA